CAGCUGUUUUUUGUUAUGGUUGAAGGGUGAAGUGGGAGUUGAAACGAAUGAAAGGAUAAGAUAAACUGUUUUUUACAGUGACCUUGGGUUAGGGUUGAUUCACGUUGCAAAACGACGUAUUUGUUUCGGAGCUAAUCGGAUUCAUUUGAUUAAGAAAUAAUAAUUUGUGCUUUCCUUUGUUUUGUAUUUAGAAUUGUUCCUACGAUUUCAUGCUCUAACGAGGCGUUACAUCAUAUAGUAAAUUAACAAAAUACACAUUCGUAUUGGCAUUGAACUUGAUCCUGACAUAUUUUUGUUAACAUACUAGAUAUGGCCGAGCAGUAUAAAAAAGUUACCCAUUGUAUUUUUGACAUGGAUGGUUUGCUAUUGGACACCGAAAAAUUGUACACUGAGGCCACACAACGCAUCUUGGAUAAAUUUGGUGGCCCGAAAUAUACUUUCGAAGUCAAAUUGUCCCUUAUGGGCGUCGUACAUAUGGAUAUGUGCCGCAAACUUGUCGAUAUCUAUAAAUUGCCAAUUUCGCCGGAUGAGUAUUCUAAGCUGCAAAAGGAAAUAAAUUCUCAAUUAAUGAUAGAUGCCCAAUUAAUGCCAGACACUGAAAAAGUGUACGAAGAAAUCAUAAGGCAAAUAGCACAAUCAUUUGAUAAACCAUAUCCCACUGAAGUCCGUCUUAAAGUUAUGGGCACUACAGAACCACGCACUGCUGAAAUUGUUGUAGCCGAUUUGAGCUUACCAAUAACUACGGACGAAUUUUUACACAAGUUUCAUGAGCUAUGUCGUCAAAUGUUAUCCGGUUGUCCCCUCACAAAAGGUGCCGAACGACUUUUGAAACAUUUGCAUAAGCACAAUAUACCAUUUUGUUUGGCUACUAGUUCGGGUCAGGAUAUGGUUGAAGUUAAAAUCACUCAUCAUCAAGAACUUUUUAAACUUUUCAAUCACCGGGUUUGUGGUUCGAGUGAUCCCGAAGUUAAAAAUGGAAAGCCAGCACCUGACAUAUUCCUGAUUGCAGCUUCGCGUUUCCCGGAUAAACCACAGCCUUCCCAGUGUUUGGUUUUCGAAGAUGCACCCAAUGGUGUUAUGGCCGCCCAUAGCGCUGGCAUGCAAGUUGUUAUGGUACCCGAUGAACGGGUACCUCUGGAAAUGAGCUCCUUGGCAACACAAAGACUAUUGUCUCUAGAAGAAUUUCAACCAGAACUGUAUGGCCUUCCACCGUUCGAUAAUUGAUGACACUAAAGAAUUUAACUACUAUUUUCUGCAAUUUGCCUCGAUGCUAUUAUCGUCCAAAAUAGUACUAGUAAUAGGAAUUAAAUGUACCUUUUCUGUGUAAUGGAAUAGCUUUUAGUAACAUAUAUAGGCUUGAAAGGAUUCUAUCAAAAUAAAUGUGCAAAUAUUUUUGUGAAUAA